AUGGCCACUACUUAUGAAUCCCAAAAGGAAGAUAUAUCAGCAUUAUGGGAGGAAUUUUCCAAAAGGAUAGAGAAAUUGACAAGUAAGUUCUAGAGGUCCUUUAACUUAGAAGCAAAGCCUAGCUCAACUCGAGUCAAGGCCCCAGAGCCAAAGACCUACUCAGGAGAAUGGGAUACCUUGUUAAUCGAGAACUUCAUUUGAGAUCUCCAAAGGUACGUCAACUCCAACACUACCUUCGAAGAAGAGAGUAUUUGUGGGAAGCCUAUUCUUUGCCAAGUACGCAAAGACUUAGUGGAGACUUUGAAUAGAAGACUUCUCAAGGCCACUAGUCAUUGACUGGGAGGGAUUCACACAAGAAAUUCAAGAUCAGUUUUGCCUGACAAACUCAGGCCAAGCUACUCAGACCGCGAUGAGGCAACUUAAACACAUCGAGUCUAUCUGAGGAUAUGUGAAGAAAUUCUCCAUGUUGGUAUUGGAAGUACCUCGGAUGGAUGAGGAAGACAAGCUUCACUAUUUUAUGGAAGUACUCUAA